UCUCAGUGUCUGCCUCGAACCCACUCCCACUUUUAUUUUCCCUUACCAUUUCUCUUUCUCUCUCUCAUUCACGCGCCUGGGGCCAACUCGUAUCCCCCCACACUGCAACAGUGCCCACCUUUCUACUAUAUGGAGUCCACACUGUGAUCUCCCUCCUCGCUGCUGCUUGUCUCCGACUGUCGGGAGAGUCGAAGAUGGGGAGAGCCCCAUGCUGUGAGAAGGUAGGGCUGAAGAAGGGGAGAUGGACAGCGGAGGAGGACGAGAUCCUGGCCAAGUACAUUGCUGCCAAUGGAGAAGGGUCUUGGAGGUCACUGCCCAAGAAUGCAGGGCUGUUGAGGUGUGGGAAGAGCUGCAGGCUCAGGUGGAUAAACUACCUCAGAUCGGACCUGAAGAGAGGUAACAUCACCAAAGAGGAGGAGGCGGUCAUCAUCAAGCUGCACGCCACACUCGGAAACAGGUGGUCGGUCAUAGCUGGUCAUCUCCCCGGACGAACGGACAACGAGAUCAAGAACUAUUGGAACUCACACCUCAGCCGGAGGAUCGACAGCUUCCGGAGGCUGGGGCUGGACGGCGGCGAUGCCGCAGUCCUGGACCUCAGCACGCUCCCUGGCGCGGGCAAGCGGCGGGGCGGCCGGACGAGCCGGUCGGCUGCGAGGAAGAACAACAUCGGUGGUGCUGUCGGAAGAGGGCAGCAGCAGCAGCAAGGCGUGGUUGUGAGUCCCCCGGUUUCGUUGGUGCAGAGUGACCACAGCGUGGUUUUGGAUCCCGAUCAGAACCAAGCCAGCAGUGUUACCAACGACGGGCUUGUGGAUGCCUACGAGGAGAUGGCGAGCGAGCUCCUCUGCUGCACGAGCCCCAUGGACGGUCGGCUCUGGGGCACAGAUGCUGAGAUGGAGCACGUACUGCUCGGUCCAGGAGAGGAGAGCAUGGCCGGGCGGGGUUGGUUCCAUGAGGGGGACAGCGGGGUCAUGACCUCAAGUGAGGAGAGAGGGGGUCUGGUCACUGUGACAAGUGGGCCGGAGGAAGGUGGCGCCACAGGCUUGGGUGUGGAGACGGGACCUGAGUUGGUGACCAAAGGUGAGGAGGAGGUGGGCUCAUCUUCAUCCCAAGCGGAGAAGCUCUUGGACUGGGACUUGGAGGACAUGGAGGCCGAGCUAUGGGAUGAAGCAGGGGAUAUGUGGUGGCACAGUGAGCACCAGGACUUGGGCCUGCAUGGAUUCGACGACGGUGGAUACCAAGAGGAGCCAUUGGAUAGCUGGCUCAUCUUCUCAGGCACUUCACUUGGUGAUGUCACUGCUCUUGGGUGGUAGAAAGCGCCAUGGUAGGAACCCAUGUACAGGCAAAAGAAACCUGAGGGCUUGUGGCAUGCAUGUAGGUGUGCCAUAAAUAAUACUUAUUGUCCUGUACCUAUUUAGACAGGAUCUCUGUGGCUUGUCCUUCUGGGAUUCCUUCCUCCUUUCCAAAUAAGAAAAGAGGCUCAGAACCUUGCAAAUCUUCAUGAGACUAGACCGUAACAAUCCUCUUGUGUGCAAAAGUUGCCUUUUGUUCUGUUUU